AGGAGCGCUGUUGCGGUGCAAGCUGGCCAUGAAGAAUCGCUCCGCCCUCUAGAACCAUCACAACUUUGCAGCUUGCGACGGGAUCGACUGGGAGCGGUAAUGACUGAUUCAUCGACCUCAUUAUUGUCGCAACGCAUCCGUCGCGGUUUUGGCAGCCCAUCCGCACGCCGGACGGAAGGAAGCUUGGGCUGCGUCUUCGGGGAUGGAAGUCGGUCUCGACGCGCUUUGAAUCCGGUGGAAUUUUGGGGUUGUGGUGGUUGCUAGAACACAAAAGGAGGGGGGGAGUUUGUUGGGGAGAUUGGUUGUUGUUGUUGUUGUUGUGUGGAGCGGGAAGAAGAGCUUCGUCUGUAGCUGAGCUCGGGUGCGCAGCUAUGGAUCUGAAGAAAGUGUUUGAUCAGACCGUCCGGGAGCUGAAGCGAGAGGUCAACAAGAAGGUGCUUAAGGUUCCCGAGAUUGAAGUGAAGGUGUUGGAGGCAACCAGCAACGAGCCUUGGGGUCCUCAUGGAUCGAUCAUGGGAGACAUUGCGCAGGCUUCUCGAAAUUACAAUGACUACCAAAUGAUAAUGGCUGUCCUGUACAAACGCCUAAAUGACACUGGGAGAAAUUGGCGCCAUGUGUACAAGGCUUUGACAGUUUUGGAAUUCUUGAUUGCAAAUGGCGCAGAGAGGGUCAUCGAUGAACUUCAAGAGCAUACUUAUCAGAUCCAGACAUUGUGCGAUUUUCAAUACCUAGAGCCAAGUGGCAAGGAUCAGGGAAUUAAUGUACGGAAGAAGGCUCAGACUCUGGUAGCUUUGAUCAAAGAUAAAGAUAGAAUCCGAGAAGUGAGAAGCAAGGCGGCUGCCAAUCGUGAUAAAUAUCGUGGAGUCUCUAGCACCGGAAUAACUCACCGCUCAAGUUCUUAUUCAAGCACUAGGGGAAGUUAUGGUCAUAGGGAUGAUGAGCGGUAUGGAGGAAGCCGUGGGGGAAGAGACGAAUAUGAUUACACUGGGAGGGGCAGUGGCCGAGAUGGUGAUCGGUAUAGGGACGAGGAUCCUUACGGAAGAGAUAGGGAGCGAAGUAGAGAUAGUAGUUACGAUGGGCGCGAUGCAUCUAAAGAGCGUGAUGCUUAUGGGUCCAGGGCAGGUGAUAGUUAUUCGUCGAAAGGUGGUGAUCGCGAUGGUUACGGCUCAAAGGCAGGUGAUCGUUAUGAUAAGUACGAGAGCGGAUCUGCAAGUGAUCGCGACCGUGAAAGGGGUUACGAUGACGACGAUAGCUACUCUUCUAGGAAUGGCAAGUCGAAAGGCGGAUCUACACCACCUCCUGCUUACGAGGAAGCGGUUCAGAGGCUUGCUUCCGACGUAGAUAGUAACGAGGGCCAAGGUGUGGCUGCAGCGGUGGCAAAAGCUUUCAGCAGUCAGGAAGAGGCUACUGUGCUCACCGCAUCAGAGAUCGUGCCAAAACCAAGUGCAAAUUGCUCUUUUGAUGCAAGCCAAACGGCAGACGAUGAUUUUGAUGAUUUUGACCCUCGCGGAACCAGCCACUCAGCUUCUGCCUCUACAGCAAGUCAGCCAACGGAGAAUUUCUUUCCAGAAUCAGGAAAUCUAUCUUUAUUCCCCGAUUCAACUUCUGCACCCCCUGCACCUCCUGCACAAGCACAACUUCCUCCAGCAGCGCAAAAAAGUUUAGGUGGCCUUGAAGACCUAUUCGGUGGUAGUUUUGAUGUAGCUCCUGUUUCAACUUCUGUUACCACUCCCGCCCCAGCGCCUCCCAAUUUCUUCUCGAACAACGCGGUGCAAGCAAAUGAUUUGUUUGGAGAUUCAUUUUCUGUGACUCCUUCUAGUGCAUCUGAUGGGUUCGGAGCUUCAGCUUUUCAAUCCACUCCAGCUUCUGCUGCCCCUGCAGUAGCUUCGGACCCGUUUGGUGGAUCGUCGUUCCAACUGGGCCCUCCACCCCCACCCCCUCCUGUUUAUCAACCGCCAGCUGCCCCUGCUAGCAACUUCGGAAAUAACUCCUUCCAGAGUCAUGGUGCACCAGGAGUGCCCAAUGGUUUGAAUGCAAAUAUGUUCGGGCACCCAUCGACUCCAUUUGACCCGGCUACUAACAACAAUGGAUUUUCUCAUAUAUCCGGGCAAAGCUUUGGCAACAACCAGAGUUUCCCUCGAAAUCAAUCGUUCAGCGGCAUGACCCAAGCAUCCAGUGUAAAUCAAUCCUAUUAUGGAGCCUCACAGAAUAUGGGUGGCAUAAAUAGAUCCGCUUCAGCGCCACAAGAAUUACAGCACUUGGAACAACCACCAAAACCACAGCAACCAGCUAGAAAGGAAUUCGGACCAGUGAAGUCUGCCAUUUGGGGAGACACACUUAGCAUGGGCCUUGUUGAUCUCAACAUCGCAGGACCGAAAGUAAAUCCUCUAAACGACCUCGGAAUUCAGUUGACAGACCCUACUCUAAAGAACGAGCUUUGGGGUGCCGACAACCCGAAGCAAGCCCAAAAAAAGCCUGCAUCGUCAUCUGGGAUGGGGAUGGGACAGCCUAUGGGUAAAGCUAUGGGAUCCGGCACUGGCCUUGGUAGAGCAGGGGCCAGUGGACUACCUCCUCCUAUGCCUGCGACCACAAUGGCAAGACCAGGUAUGGGCAUGGGUCCUCAACAGGCUGGUGCCAUGAACUUCAACAUGGGCAUGGGCAUGGGCAUGGGUUCUAAUAUAGGCAUUUCGCCGGGCAUGAGUAUGGGUCCUCAGAUGGGAACGGGUAUGAACCAGAUGGGAUCAAUGUUACAUAUGGGUAUGGGAGGCUACCCAAACCAACAGCAACAGUAUGGCUAUAGGUAAAUUGCGGUUUUGUAAAUAACCAAAGUUUUCUUUUUCUUUUUCUUUUUUCUCUAUUUUUUUUUUCUUUUUUUUAAAGAAAUUAGUUUAGUGUUGUUUGUUAUGCAGAGCUUACUGGUGUAGUUGCUAGUGAUAGCCACGAUUGCCUCAGCUGAUAGUUAGUAAAGCUAGGGUUCUCGCCCGGAAGGGCAAUUCUUCAUUGCAAGGCGUCUUUUGAACAUGUCUUCUGUUGUCCAGUAAAACGCUUUGGCAAAAUUUAACCCCUGAUUCCAUAGUCCAUUGCGGUGGACAUGUAUUUGUCUUUACAGGACCAGUUACGGUAUGGACCACUGGUCAUUAGUUGACAUUUCCACAUCCGUCUUACAGAUUGCUUUCUUACAUAUUUUAAUAAACUACUAGUACCUUGUA